AUGAAAAAGUCCCUUGGCAGAACCACCUUAAGCUACAAUGAGUUAAACACCUUGCUUGUGCAGAUCCAAUCGGUCGUUAACUCAAGACCUCUGACCUACGUGGAGGACGAUCAAGAUGGCGUGAGUUACACACUUUCCCCUUCGUACCUAAUCAAUGGGCGACGAGUAACCAAUACUGCGAACGAUAGACAUUUUGAGGUCAUCAGCACCAACGAAUCGCUUACACUAAGAGCAAGACACCAUGGCCACCUUCUUCACCAAUUUACUGACCAAUGGAGAAAAAUCUAUCUGUUGAAUCUUCGAGAGAGACACGCACAAGUCACAAAGAAUCGAAAGGGAGCUGACAUAGCCAUUGGAGAUGUAGUCAUUCUCAAGAACGAUACAUCAAACAGAAUGUUCUGGAAAUUAGCUAAAGUGGACGAACUUUUGCCGGGAAAGGAUGGUAACAUCCGAGCUGCUAUUAUCGAUGUCUCAAGUGCAGAUCAUAUUCCUUGUCUGUUAAAACGAAGUGUCAAACAUUUGUUUCCACUUGAACUCAACAGCAACGAUGCCAUUAAUCAAAUCGAAGAGUACAGAGCCGAACCAAUGAGCGGUUCUCCUGUUCGUGAUACUCCGAACACUUCUGCGAACACUACACCAUGUCACAAUGCUGCGAUGAGGGGUGAACUCAUGCGAAGAUUUCGUUAUUUAUACAAAAUUGCAUUCAAAUUUUUCUAUGUUUGUUUACGAAUGUAA